UUGAACGGCCACCUCCGAGGGAGGCGCUGCGGCUUGGCUUUCUCCUUCUUGUGAACUUCCAAAAGCUCUGACAAUCCCAUCCCGCAUCUCGCACCCACACAACUGUGCAGCACUCACCUCUAAUCCUCCAACCCAUCACCAACCGACGCAAUGGCUAUCGGCGACUACCUCUCAGGCGCCGCCGCCACAGGCUCCUCCAUGGACCCCAUGUGCGGCGGCUUCGAAUUAUCACGAACCCAGCGGUUCUACGGUUUUGGAAUAUGUUUCGGUCUCGGGUUCCUCAUCAGCGCCUUGUCGACGCUGUUGCUCUGGACAGGCAACAUCGGCGGGUUCGCGGUGCUGUAUACGGCGGGGAACGUGGUUUCGUUGGCUGGGACGGGGUUCUUGAUUGGGUUUAAGAGUCAGAUUAAGAAAAUGUUCGACGCAAGCCGCCUAACAGCCAGCAUCAUCUUCCUCCUCUCCAUGAUCGCCACGCUGGUCGUUGCCUUCACCCUCAAAAACGUGCUGGUGACAAUCAUAUUCUGCUUCAUCCAGUUCCUGGCGCUGCUCUGGUACUCGCUGAGUUACAUCCCGUUCGCACGCGAUCUGGCGAGGAAUAUCUUUGGCGGGUUGCUCAAGUGAACACCCCACGACACAACUAGCAAACACACACACCAUACCCCAAAAACCAACCAUUCUGCUGUAUCGCCAAUGGCACAUUCAUACAACGCCCCAUUCAACUACAUACAUCACAUCAACAUCCCCGCUCCCAAAAGGGCUGGCUUGCCUACCCCAUCGCAUGAACACUUCCACACCGCCCCCCCUCACGCGCUUCAUGCCGA